AAUCAAAAUACAAUAAAAGAAGAAUUUUUCAAUAUACUCGAUUACAAGAGAAGCACUCAAUUUUAUAACUUCUUAUUUUCUUUGUUAUAAUAUAGAUUAAUAAUAUAUUAUCUGUUGUGUCAAAAUAUCUGACUUAUGGGAAUCAUUCAUUUUGUUACCAUAGUUACAUGCAAGGCUAGGUGUAAUUUCCUGAUAAGAAAGUGAUAAUAUUAUUUUUACGUAAGAAUGAACAAGGAGUUCACAAAAUAUAACAAUGGCUCUGUUGCCUGAUCUUGACACGAGAUCUGUGUUAAAUAUUGUCGAGGAAAACUUUGAAAGAGCACAGUUGAAAACUUAUGCGAUCCGCUUUAUUUAUACAGGCGAGCACUGCUUACCAAAGGAAGAGUUAAUACAACAGUUUGAGGAGUUGAUGACAGAUGUUAACUCUGUCUACUGUGAAGUGAAUGUCCACGGGUUACUCUUGGUUUACGAUGGCUACUUUGUACAUAUUGUCGAGGGCUCAGAAGACACAGUUCAUCGACAUUUAAGGUUUAUGCUUCAACGUGAGAUAGAUUGGAUAGAAUAUAAGAAGAGACAAGAUGAACUAAGAAGAAAAGAACUCCUUGAGGCCAUGGAGACUGAAGAGCAUGAAUCUGGAGUUCCACCGACAAUCGAAGAUGUUCCGAUCGUUGAUUGGAAAAUGUUUAAACGUUUGAAAUUGUUGAUGACAUAUCAUUCUAUUUCAAAACGCCUCUUCGAUGGUUGGCGCGCUGUCACGGCGCGGCCUCCGUCUCUAGUUGGUAACUUUGACGUGCACGGAACAUUACCAGAGCAUAUAGAACAACUUCGUAUCUGCCUUGUGAAGAUAACCAGGCUGUGUGCGCUAGCGCAAGCCGACGAAGAGUUAUCAUUUGCUGGUUUAAGCGCAAACGACCCCAAAAUGGAGGCGUUGCCGGAGGUGGCUCUCUUAGAUUUCCUCCUCCAGUCGCCUUACGUCCUCGAUUUAAGACACGUGCUUCAUCUGCAUCGACGAGUCGACGACUAUGCAUUUUACUUCGAACGCGUUUGGCCCUUACCAACACACUUCACACCACGAUUCCUUUACAAGUUGAAGAUUGACGACUCUUUCGUCGAACCAUUGCCAGUAAUGCCUUGGGAGCUGGUUAAAAAGGAAGUUACUGAAGAAGGUGAUGAAUUAAAAGAUGAACAAAGCGAAAAUUCAUCAAGUGACUAAAGCCGUUUGAAGCCAAUUUGUAAUUCCUACGUAAUAAUUGAUGUAUCUACGUACCUACAUAUACCUAUAAAUCUAAACUAUAAUAUAAAAUUCAGCUAGUCAUUUUGUUUUGUAAUCGUGUGGUAAUAAAUGAUUUGAAUCCAUA